AUGAGAGGCUGGCUAUCUUCUACAGACAAAGCCAAGAAGGCUGUGUACGUCGGUUUCCGCUCAGGAAACGCCCCCGCCUACUCUCCAGGACACGCUUGUUUCUCCCGCCAAAGUGGCGUCAAGAUCAGGCCGGCCCUCCGGAGCAGUGCACCAGGAGAGACGCCCCGCAGCGGCCCCCGAGGCCUCGGCGCAGCAGCACCCCGUAAUGCAACCCACGGGGGCGGGGGAGGCGGCACCGGCAGCACCAGCGGCACUUCCCCCAACCCGGAGACGUCCAGAAAGAGGAGGAACAUGGCUCCGAGCAGGGACCGCCUGCUGCACUUUGGGUUCAAGGCGACAAUGUUCUCAAAUAGCGAUGAAGCUGUAAUCAAUAAAAAACUUCCCAAAGAACUCCUAUUACGAAUCUUCUCUUUUCUGGAUGUCGUAACCCUGUGUCGCUGUGCUCAGGUCUCCAGGGCCUGGAAUGUUCUGGCUCUCGACGGCAGUAACUGGCAACGAAUUGACCUGUUUGAUUUCCAGAGGGAUAUUGAGGGCCGAGUAGUGGAAAAUAUCUCAAAAAGAUGUGGGGGCUUCUUGCGGAAGUUGAGUCUCCGUGGGUGUCUUGGAGUUGGAGACAGCGCAUUAAGGACUUUUGCACAAAACUGUAGGAAUAUUGAAGUACUGAAUCUAAAUGGGUGUACAAAGACCACAGAUGCUACAUGUACUAGCCUUAGCAAGUUCUGUUCCAAACUCAGACACCUUGACUUGGCUUCCUGUACAUCAAUAACAAACAUGUCUCUAAAAGCUCUGAGUGAGGGAUGUCCACUGUUGGAGCAACUGAAUAUUUCCUGGUGUGACCAAGUAACCAAGGAUGGCAUCCAAGCACUAGUGAGAGGCUGUGGGGGUCUCAAGGCCUUGUUCUUAAAAGGCUGCACACAGUUAGAAGAUGAAGCUCUGAAGUACAUAGGUGCACACUGUCCUGAACUGGUGACUUUGAACUUACAGACUUGCUUGCAAAUCACAGAUGACGGUCUCAUUACGAUAUGCAGGGGGUGCCAUAAGUUACAGUCCCUCUGUGCCUCUGGCUGCUCCAACAUCACAGAUGCCAUCCUGAAUGCUCUAGGUCAGAACUGCCCAAGGCUCAGAAUAUUAGAAGUGGCAAGAUGUUCUCAGUUAACAGAUGUGGGCUUUACCGCUCUGGCUAGGAAUUGCCAUGAACUUGAAAAGAUGGAUCUGGAAGAAUGUGUUCAGAUAACAGACAGCACGUUAAUCCAACUUUCUAUACAUUGCCCUCGUCUUCAAGUAUUGAGUCUUUCUCACUGUGAGCUGAUCACAGAUGAUGGAAUUCGUCACCUGGGAAAUGGGGCCUGCGCCCAUGACCAGCUGGAAGUGAUUGAGCUGGACAAUUGCCCACUAAUCACAGAUGCGUCCCUGGAGCACCUGAAGAGUUGUCACAGUCUUGAGAGGAUAGAGCUCUAUGACUGCCAGCAAAUCACACGCGCUGGGAUCAAGAGACUCAGGACCCAUUUACCCAAUAUUAAAGUCCACGCCUACUUCGCACCUGUCACUCCACCCCCAUCAGUAGGGGGCAGCAGACCGCGAUUCUGCAGAUGCUGCAUCAUCCUAUGACAAAGGAGGUGGUCAUCUUUGGUGAACUGAGUAUUUAAUGACACUUCUAGAGUUACCGUGGAGUCUCGCCAGUGGAAGCGACCCCAGUGUUCUGGGCAAGGGUUACAAACGAGGGCGGUGUUCAGAUUCCCAGGACUGCACAUUGAUAACGCGUACAUACGUUCACCCUCAACCAGUCUAGCUCUGUGACCAUGGGACUGAAGUCCGAGCUGGCUUAUUUAUCAAAUGGAUUGGUAAAGCUUAACCAUUCCCGUUGGACAUGCCCAGAAGAAAAGCAUAGACCAAGGUAGAGGGAAGGGGGCAGUCCAGUGAACUCAGUGUUACUGCUACUGCAGUUGCUUUACUUUGUUGAUGACUGGGGUCUCUGGGGAUUUUGGAACAGCAGCUGUAGUCCUCCAGGGUCAAGAAAAGCAAACUAUGACACAUCCAGGGACCAGAAGGAAAAUGUCUUUGCAUCCUCAAAAUGGCAGCCAUCCGUUGUAAGAAGACUACAGAGCUUCUGUGUGUUGUUUCCAUGCCAACCUGCUGAGCAUGCUCACAAAGAAGGCUCAUCCAUUCCUCCUGUGCUUUAGUACUUUAGUAUUUGGCCCAGAGGUUUCCCAAAUGGUUGCAUCGAAAUCACUGUGGUCCAAGUGUGAUGACUCACUCAGGCACACUUGUGCAUCUGUCUUCCGUUUUCCGUGCUCCCUCCUGCCCUCUUGCUCAGUCUGUCGCCCCUUCACAGUCUGCGUGCUCACACUCAGUUGUUACUAAUUUGCUGCUGUUGUGUUUACAGUUUGCAUUUUGAAUGAUUAAUUGGGGUUACCAUUUUUAAGAGACUCAUAAUAAAAUAUUUUUUUAAGUCUAAAUUUUACAAUUGGGGAACUCUGCCUGAAUCUUUGCCAGUCUGGAGGGAAAUGUAACAAAAAUGAGAAGAUUAUAAGAAGAAAUUGAACUAAAACUAUUUUGCUAAAAACAAGCUUCACCUUUUGGCUGCUAUAUAUCUUGUGAUAAAUGACAGAGACCUGAGAUGCCCAUUCCCCUCUGCACAUUUUUCUUCCAUCAGACUCCACUAAAAGAAAGGCAUUAUUUGUAAAGUGUGUCAUGGUAAGGCUCAAAGCUGAAAGCCCCCACCACCCAAGCUCAAACAUUACUGAUUAGCUUGGUCUUAGGUUCACCAGAAUCAGUGUGAUCACUGGCAUCCCUAACUUAGGUCUAUGGGGCUAGAGUCUUACUUGAAAGGGAGCCUACUGUUUCUUUUUCCCACAUAGCCCAUUAGGGGUACAGCAAUUGCCCUGGAACAACUGGGCAGCUGUAUUUCAAUGUUGACGGUUUCCAUGUCUAAUGUCCGAGCCUCAAAGGACCAGAACUUUGAGCCAUAAUUAACUCUCUUCUGCUCACAACUUCCCUGAUGAAACAGAGGUGGGCAGGUGGGAACAGAGCACCAAGCCGAGGCAGAUGUUUCCUACCUCCCCAGCCUGGUCACUGCUUAGUGCUUAGUCCAAGAACUCCACCCCGCCCACUCCCCUACCCCCAAAAAUCAUAGAUGCUGAGAGAAAAUAUACUUCUAAAGCACAAGAAAUAGAUAUCUAAACCCUGAAGUUAAAAAUCUUGUGCGGUUUUAUUUAGGGGACAUCUCCUCUAAAGGUUUUUGUUUUAGUACCUGAAAAAAUCACCAUACAAUACCCUGAUUAGGGAGUUGAUGAGAGUUGCUCAGUUUGUUACGGCUACUAAAGUACUUCUUCCUUUAGGUGGGGGGGGAGUCCAAAAUAUCCUAUUCACCAAUACAUGGAAGGUCUUGGGAAUUCUCUCUCUCUCUCUACUCAUGAAGGGUCUGCCCACAUGCAGCUCCAUGUGCACUUGUCCAGAUGAUUUCAUCCUUGUAGUUUGAUUUUAUUCCUGCUGUUGUGGCCCAGAAUCGACCCAGGUGAGAGUGUGUGAGGUACGCAGGAUCAGCCUAGGGAGUCAGGUGCAGGAAUCCUUUUCCUUCCCAAGAACGCUUCGGGUCCACCACAUGUAGAAGGAAAUAUGUCUGGUGUGCCAGACUGCACCCCGCACCAAUUGAUGCAUGUGCUACGAUUUUGAGAGUACAGAACAUGGUAAGUUCCAGUCAGAUGGAAAGGGCAUUAAACACAAUUGCUUCCUGCCUUGACAUCUGGAACAUUCUUGAAAUCCAGUAUGUCUUAAAGGGUAUGUCCUGGGGGUUAGCAGAUUGGUGCAUUUUUCAAGCCCCAUAGCGCCUCCAGAAAACGCCAUCUGUAAUUAACGGGGUAAGAAGUGUGAAGAAACUUGGGUACAUACAAAGGUACCUUUAAAGCUAUCGCCAUAAGCCUGCAGAAGGCCACAAGGAAAUAUUGCCAUGUUCCUGGAGAACGUGUGCAGGCAUGUAGAUUCUCUCAUCCGUUACACAGUCCACCAAGCACAGGCACUGGUCUGUUACACCCUCUCCCAUUGGCCCAUCAGACAGAUGACAGCUUGUUUUUGUUUAGUGCGCUGUUCCCCUCCUUCCCACACCCUCCUCUCGUACCAGGAGUGAAAGCGUCCAUCCCACUCCCACUGAUGCUGCUGCUUCCUCCUCAUCCUCUCCCAGUGUAGCUUGCUCUGGGUUUUGCCCUGGGCAGCCUUGAAUUCAGUCCCUGUCAGGUGGCCCGGCCAUUUGUUCACUGGGUGGGUUAUUGGGUUUGAAAUCUAACUGUUGGCUAUGAAGAGUAAGGGGAUCUGGCUUCGGGCUUUUUCCAAUAUUUGGAAUAUAAAAGCACAUUUGUGUUCUUAUUUAUAUGGAAAAGUCUUUCCCUUCUCUCCUCUUACCUUUAGUGGGGAUAAAAGGAUUCCUUAAAUAUUUUUUGUAACUUUUCGGUCUGAUUUUCACAUCCAUUUACUUGAUUUAGCAGAGGUGUAGAAAUUUUACAUAUUUUUUGUAUCACACAUUUUAGAGGGAAACCUAGCAAAUACUUUUAUGAGGCUUUAUUUCGGGCUUUCAAGGCUAUUUGAACAGUUUGGUGUAGCUGUUUUACUACAGCAGCCAAGUUAUUUCACUUCUCCUCAUUGACUUGUAAGAUGCAUUCUUGCUCAUUUGAUAGAGGGGUGGGAGACUAGUGGCUAAGGAAACCUACCUGGUUUGUUGAAUUGCAAAGAAGUGUCAGAGUGUUGCCUGGAAAGAAUAGGGUGGUUUCUGCCUGGCUAUCUGGGCAGCCUGUCCUCAGGGGACACUCAAUUUGGAGAGGAGAAGCACUAGCACUCACCUCCUGGUUGGCCCUUGGCUGUGUUUUGUGGAUUGUGCUGAAAAUCAGACCAUGCCUGUUGGCACCAGUGAGGAGGCAUUUAAAGGAAUUAUUCUAAUCUUUUAGCUUUUCUCUACCUUGUGUGCUUGAUUUACGGACCAGGAUCCGGGUUUUGCAUCCUGGCAAACAGUAUCUUUCAAUGAUAGGCUCUGGGAUUCUAGAACAUUUUUAUACAAAGAUUGCCUUUCGUUCUAGUCUGUAAUUGCCUCUAACACAGGCCUUGUUUAUUAUCGGGUCUUUGAGACAAGGAUGUAAGUUGACGGACAAUCUUGAGGCAGGCCAUGUGAUUGCUACCUGCAGAGACCUAAGGUUUCUUUUUCCUCCAACAAAGCCCCAGCUGCUCUACCCUGGUCAUCCUUGCACUUCCACAGAAAGGACCCUUGGAGGCAAGUGAGUGGUCAGCGUGGAGAACUUCUGCCCUCGUGUGUCUGCUAUUAAAUCUUGGAACUUCAUUCUGCUCUGAAGCCUUCGGUCCUUAAUAAAGUCAGUAACGUACUUCUUGGCUGAGUCUGAGUGAAUCUUGGGAGCCCACAUGCAUACACAUCGCCCAUCUCUCUGCCUCUUGUGGCUUGGACGAAGCCGUUGGUAGAGAGGGUCUGGUUUCAGGUGUUGGGUCUCAGGACUUGUCUGGCUGAGGCAGUCCAGAGGAACCAGGAGCACCCAAAACGUAGUCCAGUCAGUCUUUCUGUUUGAUGUUUCCAGGCUCUGGUUUUGAAGAACUCAGUGGAGGGGGGGUUGAGGCUUAAACUACCAAUGAGGUUUAAAGUAAAGGAGAUAACCAGUUGUAGAGCCGGGUCCUUUGCCUCCGGUCUCAGCACCUAUCCUGAAUCUAUAUAAAUGCAACUCCCUCUCAUCUGGGUAGUUUCCUCUCUGCUUCACCCUAUGAACGCUGGGCCCUUCUUGCUGGCAAGGAUUUACAGUGGUUCCAGAGAGGCCUUCUCCCACACACCCCUCAGCAGUCAGCCAGCUGGGUUAGACAUCACUGCAGAGAUACACACACCCCCCCAGCUCCGCUUAGCUGCUGCUGAGGGUGGUGGUUUUGUUGCAGGACCAGAACAAAUGGGAUUUCCACCCCAGGAAGAGAUUGUGGGAGACAUGCCUUCGCUGUUCUGCCCAGGGAAAUCUUGGAAGUGAGUCCUUCUUUUGGCUGUGGAAGAAAAGUUUGUCCCACUGAUUCUCUUGUCUCUACUUAAAGCUACCUAUUAAUUUAAAUCUGAACCACACUGCUGCUCACGCAUGUCUGUCUUACCCUAGCCCAGUUCCUCGCGGGCCCUGCACUCAUUGUGUGGGGAGGGAAGUUGUGUUUUUAAUGGCACUAGAAAAUGAGAACCCAAAAGAGGUUUGAUUUGUUUUUACCUUCCUCCCCCAAAAAGCUUGAAUGAUUUCUUUCCUAGUGCUGCGUAAUAGAUAUAUAAGCUACACCUUUGCUGCUACUCUCCUGGGUUUGCUCCCCGCCCUCAAGAAUUUCGUUUGCGUGCUUCUCUGAUGACUGUUAAUUUCUAAUAAGUGCAAGAAGAGGUGAGCCCAAGAUCUCUUCUCUUGCUCCCCCCACCCCUCACCUCACCCCAAAAUGACAGACUAACCUCUCACUCUGGGAGCCUGUUUGCCUGUGUGCAAAGUCUGUGGGACGUGACUAUGGGGAUCUCCCAGUCUCCUCCAUCCCUGUGCUGCAGCUCUCAGAACUGACCCCAAAGAUCUAUAACUAGCCCCUCAGAGGAGGACUGGCUCGGAAGAGAGGCCUUCUUGUUUGGCCUGUCUCCAUUCUUGUUUUGACUCGGCCACAGGAUGCCUCCCACUCUCACCUCCCAUUCUCCUCCCUCGAUCGCUUCCCAGUAACCUGCCCUAUGCGCUUCCUUCCGGCUCCCCUCUGCCCACCACUCUGUCCUGAGAAAGAUGGCCUGUGCGGAGCUCAGUGAGCUGAGGCCUGCCCUGCCUGUCAGACUGCUGGAGGACAGAGAUGGAGGGUGAACAGUGCUGGAGACGUUUGCAUCUUCAAACUAGGCUCGGUCUUUCCUAGAACACACAUCCCCACCCCCGCCCGUGAGCCCUCUCCCCUGAUGGGGUAAAUGUCAAGGGUGGUGAGCCAGCAGGACCUGAUCCCAAACCUCCCUGUCUAUGGCCUGUGCCCUGGCAGACUGGCCCUGGCGCGCUUCAGGGUGGGAGCCGCUGCUUGCUCGUUCCUCCACCAGGCCUGCCCCAAGCUUAGCCAGCCCUGGGGCCGGCACACCAGGCUCCAUCAGCUGUCUAGUGACUGUGUCCACUCCGUUGUUGGACGCUUGAGGGAGGGUGGGGGGAGGGCUAUUUAAAUAAAUAAAAUCCAAGGUGGCAGUGGAGGAUUCCUUUUGCUUUAAAAUCUUUGGACUCAAAAAGAAAAAAAAAUGUUUUUUAUAUAUAAAUAUAUAAAUUGUUAUGUAACUAUUGUUUCCUGUAUGUUCUAAUUUUGUUUUAUGAUGUAAUUAAAGGAAAUAAGCUGUGAA